AUCUGAACUUUGACUGAUUCUUCGUGAGUACAUCAUGUCUAGUAGUCGAACUCCAACUCGAUCUCAGUCUAAAAAACGUCAACUCGAUAUCCCAUCUCCUCAUUCAAGCCCUCGAAAGCGUUCUAGUCCAUUGAAGAAAUCUACUAGCAAUUUAACUCCUGCUAAGGAAUCCUAUAUCAACAUUGCUAACGAAGAUGAAACUCCAAAGCAAUCACGUACCAAACGAAGCGUAGUAUUCGAGUUAAAUGAAGAAGCCGAUUCUUCUACUGAUGAGGAGGAGGAUGCUGAUGCUGAUCUGAUGGUUCAGAUGGAGGAUGGUAAACAAAUUGAACGUGGAUUCCUGAGCUCGAAAAAUUCCGAGGACGCCUACUUUAUCGCACACAGUAAAAUUCAUCCAACCUCGUCCAAUCUGUUUUCAUCUCGGCCGGAUUGGGAACCUUUUACAAUCCCAAGUUACAUUGAAGCACUCGACGAUACACCCGACAAGAACAAUUCCAACACUAUCCAUACUUCACAUACCCAGCGCUGGCCUCAAUGGCGUAAAGAACUUGAGAAUGGGUUUUCUUUGAUCUUUCACGGUCUUGGUAGCAAGCGUGUUGCUUUGAACGAAUUUAUGGAAGAAGCUCUCGUCAAUGAAGCCGGUUGGGAAGGCUUGGUGAUCAAUGGAUUUCAGGCUGGAUCACAAGUUGGUGAUGUGUUGAUCGGUAUUGAAGAGAUUGUCAAUCAAAUUGAUGAGACUAGUGAUGGAUUAGUAUCUGGUCGACUGAAUUCAUUCGAAGUCCUAGAAGCACGUGCUCGUAAGCUAUGCGCAAGUCUCAACACAACCCAUACACCGAUAUGUGUCUUGAUCCAUAAUUUAGAUGGACGCAGCUUUCGAAACCUCCGCGCUCAGUCUAUUCUCAGUAUGCUAGCUGCUCAACCCAACAUACAUCUUCUCGCGACAAUCGAUCACAUCUAUGCGCCUUUGAUCCUUCCGUCUACCCUUGCUUCUGCUCGCCCCGAUACAUCUGCCAGCACUGUCGGACAUCUUGGAAUAGGCGCAUGUGGUUAUAACUUUCUUUAUCAUCAUCUUCCCACGUAUUUACCCUAUACGUUUGAGAGUAUCCUGGAUGGUACAUUAUCCGACUUACUCCCAUCUACGAUCUUCCCACCUACUGUCACUGGUUCAAAUACGUCUCGGUCUGAUGUACGUCAGAAUGGUCCAGCAACUUCGAAAUCCAUCAUGCAUGUCUUGUCUUCCCUCACUAAAAAAGCCAAGUCAUUGUUUGGUUUAUUGGCUCAACAUCAACUACAAGCUUAUGAGGGUAUCACAUCGGCUCAACAAAUCACCCUCGAUCAACACUUUAAAAAAGGAAUUCCAUUGGAUGAGACCCCAUUAGUGGCCAUGGCUAGUCGAUCACUCUUUGAAGUAGCUAGAACAGACUUCGUAGCGUCUGUGGAAAGUCAGAUGUCAGCUCUCCUGGUCGAAUUUAGAGAUCAUGGCAUCAUCACGGGUCGCCGGGAGGCCCCUAAUGGACGCGAUCAACGUGAGAAAGAUGAUGCGGAAAUGAUGGAAGAUGAUGAUGAAUGGUUAUGGAUUGUCCUUGGGAAGGAUGAGUUGAAUGAGGUCAUUGAAAAUACGGAAGACAUGUGAAUUCUGCAUGCGCUGGAUCGCUUCUUGUGGGUCACUCAUCGCUCAAACUCGUCACCAAUUACUCUCAAGAAGGACAUCAAUGUUGAGAAUCUAAAAGAGUGACGAGGACAUGUUGCACGAGGAAAUAUGUACUUUACAUGAGCACUUUAGUUUUCGAUGUUCUUGCUAAUUAAAUUAUCCAUCGAUGUUG